UUUUGGCAAACCAUUUUUAACACUUGCCCCCUUUAGCUUCCUCUUUAACUUCGUUCUAUACCCUCUACCCCCUCUCUCUCUCCAACUCCGUGAAUAUCAAUCAAAUCAAAUCAAACGAGAGAGAGAGAGAGGAACAAAAGAUCUCAUAUUGUAUGUUGUGAAGCAGAAAGAUCUGUGGGUUGCUCGCGAUGCACGCUUAUAACAGGCUACCGAGUAGUGGACACAGCAGUCCAUCAACACCGUCAUCGCCGCGGUCCCGCUCGCCUCGUUUACGCACUACUACUAGUAAUAAUAGUAAUAGUAAUAGUAAUAGUGGUAGUGGUGGAGGACGAGUGAAGCGUUUUAGUCCCGGUCAACAAGCGGGUGCGAAAACCCCUGCACAUCGUCUAACUUGGCUCAUUCUAUCUGUUCUGCUUCGUCGUCAGGGGAUUUUCCUAUUUGCUCCUUUGCUUUACAUUGCAGGCAUGUUGUUUUACAUGGGCACUGUAUCAUUUGAUGUUGUUCCUAUCAUCAGGCACCGCCCUGCUCCCGGUUCUCUUUACCGCAGCCCUCAACUCUAUGAAAAGCUUCGUUCCCAAAUGGACUCUGAUAAUUCAACUGCUCAUGCGAUAUCAACAAUAUGGAAAAAUUCCUAUAAAGGUGGUGAAUGGAGACCAUGCAUUAACAAAUCCUCAGGAGGUUUGCCUGAAUCAAAUGGUUACCUUUUUAUUGAGGCAAAUGGUGGUCUGAAUCAGCAAAGGACAUCGAUAUGCAAUGCUGUUGCUGUGGCAGGUUUUCUUAAUGCUACCCUGGUCAUCCCGCACUUCCAUUUCCAUAGCAUUUGGAGGGAUCCAAGCAAGUUCGGAAAUAUUUAUGAUGAAGAAUUUUUUGUUAAAACUCUAGCCAAUGAUGUGCAAGUGGUGAACAAGAUUCCUGAUUAUAUUAUGCAAAGGUUCGAUUACAAUAUGAGCAAUGUUUACAACUUCAAGAUCAAAGCUUGGUCCUCCAUCAGUUACUACAGGGAUACAGUUCUUCCAAAGCUGCUUGAAGAAAAGCUCAUCAGAAUAUCUCCAUUUGCAAACCGUUUAUCAUUUGAUGCUCCUCCAGCAGUUCAGCGGCUUAGGUGCCUGGCAAAUUAUGAAGCUCUUAGAUUUUCAAAUCCCAUUUUGAGUUUGGGGGAAACGCUGGUGUCAAGAAUGAAAGAACGAAGUGCCAAUAAUAGUGGAAAGUAUAUCUCUGUGCAUCUCCGCUUUGAGGAGGAUAUGGUGGCUUUCUCUUGUUGCAUGUAUGAUGGCGGUGAAGAAGAAAAAAGGGACAUGGAUGCUGCAAGAGAGAGAGGAUGGAAGGGAAAAUUUACAAAACCUGGUCGUUUGAUUCGUCCUGGAGCUAUCAGGAUUAACGGGAAGUGUCCCUUGACUCCUUUAGAGGUUGGUUUGAUGUUAAGAGGCAUGGGAUUUGACAAGCUUACAUCCAUCUAUUUAGCAUCUGGAAAAAUAUACGACUCUGAGCGACAUAUGAAACCACUAUUAGAAAUGUUUCCUCUUUUACAAACUAAAGAAAUGCUGGCAUCCCCGGAAGAAUUAGUUCCAUUUCAGAAUUACUCUUCCAGGAUGGCUGCCAUAGACUAUACUGUUUGCCUUCAUAGUGAAGUAUUUGUGACAACCCAGGGAGGCAAUUUCCCCCACUUUCUAUUGGGCCAUAGGAGAUACUUAUAUGGUGGGCACUCUAAGACCAUCAGGCCAGACAAGAGGAAGUUAGCUUUGUUAUAUGAUAAUCCCAAUAUCGGGUGGAGGAGCUUUAAGCGGCAAAUGCUUAGUAUACGAGCACAUAGUGAUUCAAAAGGAAUUGAGAUUAAAAGACCAAGUGACUCAAUAUAUUCAUUCCCUUGCCCAGAUUGCAUGUGUCGGAGUAACAAGAGUGAAGAUUCUAGAUCAUCCUCAGUAACGUGAUGUGUGCUUGUCAAUAGGUGGUGGUCUUAUUCUUGGUAGUAUGCAUGAACUUCAGCUGCUAUCCCUUGUGCAUGUCAGCAGGCGCUGUUCUUGCUCUUGUAGUACAUAUGAACUUCAGCUGCAAACCAUUGUGAUUCUUUCAUUUUUUCCCCUUCCACUGUGGAGAGCUGCAAACCAGAUCUUGGAGCUGCAGCUGGGUUUGUGCGACUGAUCAAUUUUGAUUAUCUCCGGGGCAUGGGUUUGAGGUACACUUUUGUACAUGAUGGGGUGAGGAAGAAUGGGAAGUCAUUUCCAUCAGUGAUGUUACCCUGGUGUGUUGAUUUACAUAGUAGCGUAGAUUCAUAUUCUUCCAGCUGCUGUAUUUUGAGGGUACACUUUUGUACAUGUUGGUGUGAUGAAGAAUGGGAAAGUCAUUUCCAUCAGUGAUGUUACCCUCGUGUUGAUUUACAUAGCGGAUUCAUAUUCAUCAGCGGAUUCAUAUUCAUCCCAGCUGCUGUAUCUAACAAGCUGUAAGUUGACAUACAAUAUAUUUGCACGUUAGUUUUGUGAGACAGGAUUUUGUAUAUUAGUGAAGUAGGAGUGCUAGAUUAUAGGAACCGGAUGAAAACAGUGUACUCAUCAUUGAGUCAGGGUUCCAAAGUCUUACUUUGGAUACCCGACCUUGCCAACGUUAUAUUAUGUCUCCGUUGAUAUUUA